UGAGGAACGUAAAGACCAAUGUUGUCACUGCUCUUCUACCAUAAAUGUAUAUUUUACGUGUUACUGAACACACAAAUCAUUUUCCGGUUAUAUCAGUAAGAAGUUGGUUUUGGAAUGCCUACCUCCACUGGAGGAUUGAAGUCAUCGAUUGAGGAUGGCAUCCACCGAUACACCGUGCUCCCACCUAUCCCAACCGGGCCUUUGCAGAAUGGUGCGUCUGAGGUACCUCCACAGAGGCUGGCAAGGCAGAGGAAACUUCUGCGACACAGGAGAAUUAAAGAUUACCAACAGGAGCUGCAAAAAAUCAUGAUGGACAAUGCAAUGGAGGCCUACAGACAAGCUUCUGAUAACCCAUGCUGUGAUCCUGAGCCUGUGGACAUCCCGAUGACCAGCUCGAAACAAGUUGAAAGCAGGAGAAACUAUAUGUUCCUGAAGCAAUGCGUGGAGGCCAGCCCCAUAGUACCCAUCCAGCAGGAGUGGCUGGACGCCAUGUUGAUGCGCGUGCCGCCUCAGCUGCGGCAGCGGCCUGGCCACCAGGAGCUGCUAGAGGAGCUGUGCAAGGAGGUCAGCGACAACUUCAUGAAGGGCAUGGUCCAGCACACAGUGAACACUGUCCUUCAGAAACCUGACAUGAAAGGAAAUCAGCUAGAAAGACCAGGGCAACUCGUAGAACCAAAAGUUCUGGAUUUCUCCAGUUCUUGGAGGGACAGCUUUAUCAAGAACCGUAAGGAGAUGAAGAAGAACCUGCACGUUCUCCAUCCCGUCAUGAGGAUCACGCUGGAUAUGUGUAUCACAACUCUCUCCAAUCUGCUGCUGGUUGACCUAUCUGACUGCAGGUCAACUGGGCCCGUUGACUGCAUGACCUUGAAGAACAAAGUGGCUCUGGAGUGUGAGAAGGUGGAGGACAAGCUCAUGAACACCUGGUUCCCCAAGGUCAUCCACCUGCUCACCAGCAAGGACAUGGUGCAAGGAGUGAAACAAGACAAGCUGGACUCUUUCUACAACUGUGCCUCUACCCUCAUCUCAAACCAGCUGAAGAGCCUGGUGGGGCGCAGCGUGCACGAGUUUGUCAGCCUGUUCAGCCCAGAGAGGGCCUACCAGCUGCCCCUCUUCCGCAUGGACCUGACCUUCGACGACGAGAAGAUGGAGUUCUACCCGAGCUUCCAGGACCUGGAGGACGCCGUCAUGGAGAUCCUCAACAAGAUCACCAACACCAUGCAGAAAGUUCAAACGGUUCAGUCUUGGCUGGGGGAAGCCAACUCCUCCAUGGUGGAUGCCCGCGUGGCAGAGCAUGUGCUAGUCUGGGCUGAGAAGACGGUUAGAGGUGCAGUACGUAAACAUCUGGAGGAGCCCAACGAACACUUUCAACACUAUGUGAAGAGCUACGACUGGUUGGUCAAUGGCACAGCACAAGCUGAAGUUGACCAGUUCAUGAUGGAAGAGCACACUUUUGAUGAGUACGCUAUGCAAGUGGAAGUUUUUAGGAAGCUGUCUAGAGAGAUGUUCAGCCUUCCCUCGGUGGCUCACUUUGCCAUGGUGCGUCUGGACUGUGACGAGCUGAAACAGGGCCUGGCUAAGAAGGCUAACGCCUUUGGAAAGGUGCUCCUGGAGAGACUCAUCACCACACACCGUGCCCACUGUCGCAAUAUAUGCAAGGAGUUUGAAACCAUUCGGGAGACCGCAUUAAAAGUCCCCGAGACAACGGAGGACAUAACCGAGAUGAUUACUUACAUCGAACAUGUGAAGACUAAGGGGAUUGAGGAGCUCAAUGCCAAGAUUAUGGAAACACAGCACAGGCUGAAUUACUUACUGGACGUGCACAUGUUUAGCAAGGAGGACCUCGACCUGAACUCAAUGGUGCUCGUAUGGCCCCAAAACAUCCUGCCGAUCUUCGAGCUUAACCGUGAGCUGAUGGAGAAGGCCAAGCGUAAGGGCGAGCAGGAGCUGAUGCUGCGGCGGGAGCGGCUCACCAUGGAGCUGGAGAAGCUCAGCCGCCGCAUGAUGGAGUUCGAGGAGUGCUCCGAGCUGGAAAUGAUGCAGCAGUAUGUCAGCGACGUGAGGACAGUUCAGAAGAGGCUGCAGGACGCGGAGGAGGCCAUUGUCCUCAUCAAUGAGGAGGAGAAGCUCUACAAGUGGGACCCCACCACCUACCCCACCGUGGAGGUCAUCAAGGAGAGCAUCGAGCCUUUCCAGAAGCUCUUUGCUUUGGUGCUCAAGUGGCAGCGGACUGAGAAGAAAUGGAUGGAUGGUGCCUUCUUGGACCUGAACGGCGAGAGCAUGGAGGUGGAGGUGGACGAGUUCUUCCGGGAGGUCUACAAGAUGCAGAAGUUCUUCCAGCAGAAGGCCAAGAAGGCCGAGCAGGAGAAAGAGAAGAGCGAGGCGAAGAAACCCGGCGGCGCGGAGGAGGAGAAGCAGGUCAACUCCACUGUCUUCAUCUGCAUGCGCGUGCUGGACCAAGUGAAGGACUUCAAGGAGAACAUCCCCAUGGUGUCCAUCCUGUGCAACCCAGGCAUCAGGGCGCGCCACUGGCAGCACAUGUCCUCCAUCGUGGACUACGACCUGACGCCCAACUCGGGCACCACGCUGCGCAAGGUGCUGCGCCUCAACCUCACCCCCUACCUGGAGCAGUUCGAGAACAUCAGCGCUGCCGCCAGCAAGGAGUUCUCCCUGGAGAAGGCCAUGAACACCAUGGUGGAGGUGUGGGACACUGUCUCCUUCAGCCACCAUCCCUACCGCGAGUCGGGGGUGUCCAUCCUCACAUCCGUGGACGAGAUCCAGACCAUGCUGGACGACCAGAUCGUCAAGACCCAGACCAUGAGAGGCUCCCCGUUCAUCAAGCCCUUCGAGACGGAGAUCAAGGCGUGGGAGGAGCGUCUGAUCCGUAUCCAGGACACCAUUGACGAGUGGCUGAAGGUGCAGGCCCAGUGGCUCUACCUGGAGCCCAUCUUCAGCUCCGCAGACAUCAUGUCCCAGAUGCCCGAGGAGGGCAAGCUCUUCCAGACCGUCGACAAGAUCUGGAAGGACGUCAUGAAGCAUUGUGUCAAGGAUCCAAAAAUUCUGCCUGCAACAUCGCUGCCUGGUCUGCUUGAAAAGCUCCAGGACUCCAACGGCCUGCUGGACAAAAUAAUGAAAGGACUUAAUGCCUACCUGGAGAAGAAGAGGCUCUUCUUCCCUCGGUUCUUCUUCCUGUCCAACGACGAGAUGCUGGAGAUCCUGUCGGAGACCAAGGACCCGCUGCGCGUGCAGCCCCACCUGAAGAAGUGCUUUGAGGGAAUCGCCAAGCUGGACUUCCUGCCCAACCUGGACAUCCGCGCCAUGUACAGCAGCGAGGGCGAGCGCGUGGAGUUCAUCCAGCUCAUCUCCACCUCGGAGGCGCGCGGCGCCGUGGAGAAGUGGCUGGUGCAGGUGGAGGACAUCAUGCUGCGCAGCGUGCGUGACGUCGUCAACCGCUCUCGACUGGCCUACCCAGACACCAAGCGCAGCCAGUGGGUGCGGGACUGGCCGGGUCAGGUGGUGCUGUGCACUUCCCAGAUCUACUGGACACUGGAGGUCCACGAGGCCAUCCGCAACAAUUGCCUGCGGACGUACCAUGAGCGACUGCAGCUGCAGCUGAAUGACAUCGUGGAGCUGGUGAGAGGCAAGCUGCCCAAGCAGACGCGCACCACCCUGGGGGCCCUGGUGACCAUCGACGUGCACGCUCGAGACGUUGUCAUGGAGAUGGUGGAGAAAGGUGUGUCAAAUGAAACCGAUUUCCAGUGGCUGGCCCAGCUGCGUUACUACUGGGCCAAUGAGAACGUCCGAGUGCGCAUCAUCAACUGCGACGUGAAGUACGCCUACGAGUAUCUGGGCAACUCGCCCCGUCUGGUCAUCACUCCCCUCACCGACAGAUGCUACCGCACCCUGAUCGGAGCGUUGUACCUGAGUCUGGGAGGGGCUCCAGAGGGGCCUGCUGGCACUGGGAAGACGGAGACCACCAAGGAUCUGGCCAAAGCUCUGGCUGUGCAGUGUGUGGUCUUCAACUGUUCUGAUGGACUCGACUAUCUCGCCAUGGGCAAGUUCUUCAAGGGGCUGGCCUCUUCGGGGGCCUGGGCCUGCUUCGACGAGUUCAACCGCAUCGAGCUGGAGGUGCUGUCGGUGGUGGCGCAGCAGAUCCUCUGCAUCCAGCGCGCCAUCCAGAUGAAGCUGGAGUACUUCGACUUCGAGGGCACCGAGCUCAAGCUCAACCCCAACUGCUUUGUGGCCAUCACCAUGAACCCCGGAUACGCCGGUCGAUCCGAGCUCCCCGAUAACCUCAAGGUGCUGUUCAGGACGGUGGCGAUGAUGGUGCCUAAUUAUGCGCUGAUCGCCGAGAUCUCCUUGUACUCGUACGGCUUCCUGAACGCCAAGCCGCUGUCGGUGAAGAUCGUGAUGACGUACCGGCUGUGCUCGGAGCAGCUCUCCUCGCAGUUCCACUAUGACUACGGCAUGCGCGCCGUCAAGGCUGUGCUGGUUGCGGCCGGCAACCUCAAGCUCAAGUUCCCGCAGGAGAACGAGGACGUGCUGUUACUCAGAUCCAUCAAAGAUGUGAAUGAGGCCAAGUUCCUGUCACAUGACAUUCCCCUGUUUAAUGGAAUCACCAGUGACCUGUUCCCCGGCAUUGUCCUGCCUGCAGCUGACUAUCAGCUCUUCUUGGACUGUGCUCGAGUGUGCUGUGGGGAGCAUAACGUCCAGCCCGCAAACGUCUUCCUGGAGAAGAUGAUCCAAACCUACGAGAUGAUGAUCGUUCGUCAUGGGUUCAUGCUUGUCGGUGAGCCCUUUGCCGGCAAGACCAAAGUGCUGCACGUGCUGGCGGACACGCUGACCCUCAUGAACGAGAAGGGCUACGACGAGGAGGAGAAAGUCAUCUACCGCACCGUUAAUCCCAAGUCCAUCACCAUGGGCCAGCUCUUUGGGCAGUUUGAUCCAGUCUCUCAUGAGUGGACGGAUGGGAUCGUGGCUAACACCUUCCGUGAGUUUGCCUCGUCCGAGACGCCUGAUAGGAAAUGGGUGGUGUUUGAUGGGCCCAUCGACACGCUGUGGAUCGAGAGCAUGAACACUGUCCUGGAUGACAACAAAAAGCUCUGUCUGAUGAGUGGUGAAAUCAUUCAGAUGUCAAGCCAAAUGAGUCUCAUCUUUGAAGCCAUGGACCUCUCUCAGGCCUCUCCGGCCACAGUGAGCCGCUGUGGCAUGAUCUACAUGGAGCCAUCUCAGCUGGGCUGGCUGCCGCUGGUCUCCUCCUGGAUGAACAGCCUGCCCGAGCCCCUGAAGGCCCCGGAACAUACCGCCCUGAUGAUGGACCUCUUCCAGUGGCUGGUGCCUCCCGCGCUCAGGACCCUGCGCAAGCACUGCAGGGAAGUGGUCCCCACCAGUAACAGCAACACGGUGGUGUCUCUCACACGGAUGAUUGAGAUGCUGCUUACCGGCCCUGUGACAGAGGACCCCGGCAACAAAAACAUCCACACAUGGAUCAUGGCUGCUUUUGCAUUCUCCCUGGUGUGGUCGGUGGGGGGCAGCUGUGACACGGAUGGCCGGCAGCGCUUUGAUGAGUUUCUACGAGCAAUGCUGUCUGGAAACUGCCUUGACCAGCAUUUCCCGCCCGGCAUUGCCAAGUGGGACUGCCCUUUCGAUGAGAAGGGCCUUGUGUAUGACUACUCCUACGAGUUCAAAGGCAAGGGCCGUUGGGUGAGCUGGAACGAGUCCAUUAAGAACGUCACCCUGGGGGACAAGAACACUCAGGUGCAGGACAUCAUUGUCCCCACCAUUGACACGGUGCGGUACACCUAUCUAAUGGACCUGGGCAUCAAGUAUGGCGUCCCCCUGCUGUUUGUGGGCCCCACUGGCACAGGAAAGUCUGUGUAUGUGAAGGAGAAGCUGAUGAACAACCUUGACAAGGACAAAUACCUGCCGUUCUUCAUCAACUUCUCAGCCCGCACCAGCGCCAAUCAGACCCAGAACAUCAUCAUGUCAAGGCUGGAUAAGAGGCGUAAGGGGGUGUUCGGCCCUCCGAUGGGGAAGAAGUGUGUCAUAUUUGUGGACGACAUGAACAUGCCGGCCGUGGAGAUCUUUGGGGCUCAGCCUCCCAUCGAGCUCCUCAGACAGUUCUUUGACCACGGAAAUUGGUAUGAUCUGAAAGACACCACUAAGAUCACGCUGGUGGACCUGCAGCUGAUCUCUGCGAUGGGCCCUCCCGGAGGGGGACGCAAUGCGGUGACAUCGCGCUUCACGCGCCACUUCAACAUCUGCAGCAUUAACGUGUUCAGCGACGACACCAUGCUGCACAUCUUCUCCAAGAUCGUGGCCUUCUACCUGCGUAACAACGAGUUCCCGUCUGAGUGCUUCACUGUGGGCAACCUGAUUGUCAACGCAACACUAGAGGUCUACAAGCAGGCCAUGGAGAACCUGCUGCCCACGCCGGCCAAGUCCCACUACACCUUCAACCUGCGGGACUUCUCGCGCGUCAUCCAGGGCUGCCUGCUGCUGAAGAAGGAGUCGCUGGAGGGCAAGCGCACCAUGAUUCGCCUCUUCGUGCACGAGGUCUUCCGCGUCUUCUACGAUCGGCUGGUGGACGACAAGGACCGCGCCUGGCUCUUCAAGCUCACCAAGGAGAUCAUCAGCGAUCAGUUCCGCGAGAACUUUGACCAGCUGUUCGAACAUGUCAAGAAAGGGACAACUAGUUCGACCGUGUGUGAGGAGGACCUGAGGAGCCUGCUGUUUGGAGACUACAUGAACCCCGAGGUGGAGGAGUCGGAGCGGCUGUACGCGGAGGUUCCAUCCAUGGAGGCCUUCAGCCAGGUGGUGGAGCAGUGCCUGGACGAGUACAACCAGACGCACAAGAACCGAAUGAACCUCGUCAUCUUCCGCUAUGUCCUGGAGCACCUGUCUCGGAUCAGCAGGGUGCUGAAGCAGCCCGGGGGCAACGCUCUCCUGGUGGGGGUGGGGGGCAGCGGGCGCCAGUCCAUCACCCGCCUAGCCACCUUCAUGUCCGGCAUGACGCUCUUCCAGCCCGAGAUCUCCAAAAGCUACGGCAUGAACGAGUGGAAGGACGACCUGAAGCACCUGUUGAAGAGUGCGGGGGUGAAGGGCCAGAAGACGGUGUUCCUCCUGACGGAUGCCCAGAUUAAAGAGGAGAGCUUCCUGGAGGAUGUGGACAGCCUGUUGAACACCGGAGAGGUGGCAAACCUGUUUGCUGUCGACGAGAAACAGGAGAUCAUGGAGGCUGUGAGACCCAUUGCUCAAGCCGGCAACAAAAACUUGGAGUUCAGCCCGCUGGCUCUGUUUGCGUUCUUCGUGACGCGUUGCCGUGAGAACCUGCACAUUGUGGUGGCCUUCAGCCCCAUUGGAGACGCCUUCAGGAACCGCCUGCGCCAGUUCCCCUCCCUCAUCAACUGCUGCACCAUCGACUGGUUCCAGCCAUGGCCAGAGGAGGCGCUGGAGAGAGUGGCUUACAAGUUCCUGGAGACCCUGGAGAUGUCAGAGGAGGAGCGAGAGAAAGUCAUUCCUAUCUGCAAAACCUUCCACACCUCUGCCAUCAACCUCUCUCAUAGGUUCUUGUCGGAGCUGGGCCGCCACAACUACGUGACCCCCACCUCCUACCUGGAGCUGAUUGCAGCCUUCAGACUCCUCCUCUCCCAGAACAGAGACAUGGUCAUGAGGGCCAAGAAGAGAUACACCAACGGCCUGAAUAAGCUGGCCUUUGCAGAGUCGCAGGUGGGAACAAUGAAAAAGGAGCUGGUGGACUUGCAGCCCAAACUGGAGCUCGCUAAAGUCGAAAAUGCCAAAAUGAUGGAGGUGAUUGAGGUGGAGUCGGUGCAGGUGGAGGCCAAGAGCAAGGUGGUGCGUGUGGACGAGGAGGCGGCCACGCUGAAGGCCAACGAGGCCCAGGCCCUGAAGAACGAGUGCGAGAGCGACCUGGCCGAGGCCAUCCCCGCCCUGGAGGCUGCGCUCAGCGCCCUCGACACACUCAAGCCCUCAGACGUGACGAUCGUGAAGUCGAUGAAGAACCCUCCCUCCGGGGUGAAGCUGGUGAUGGCUGGGGUGUGUGUAAUGAAGGAUAUCAAACCCGAAAAGAUCAAUGACCCAGCAGGAACUGGACAGAAGAUUCUUGAUUACUGGGGUCCGAGCAAAAAGCUGCUGGGAGACAUGAACUUCCUGCGUGACCUGAGAGAGUACGACAAGGACAACAUUCCCGUUCCAGUAAUGACUAAGAUCCGCAGUGAGUACAUGACCAACCCAGACUUCGAUCCGGUCAAAGUAGCCAAGUCCUCGUCUGCUGCUGAGGGCCUUUGCAAAUGGAUCAGGGCCAUGGAGGUCUACGACAGAGUGGCCAAGGUGGUGGCCCCCAAGAAGGCCAACCUGGCGGAGGCGCAGCAGUCUCUGGCCACCACCAUGGCCCUGCUGAACCAGAAGCGUGCCGAGCUGAAAGAGGUGGAGGACCGCCUGGCCUCGCUGAAGCAGACCUUCGACGAGAAGACGGAGGAGAAGGUGCAGCUGGAGCAGCAGGUGGACCUUUGCGCUCGCAAGCUGGUCCGUGCCGAGAAGCUCAUCGGCGGCCUGGGCGGCGAGAAGAGCAGGUGGUCCAAGGCAGCGGAUGACCUGCAGAACACAUAUGACAACCUGACAGGAGACGUGCUGAUAUCAGCUGGAGUCAUCGCCUACUUGGGGGCGUUCACCGCAGGCUUCCGGCACGACUGCACCAAAGGCUGGACCAAGCUGUGCAAGUCCCAGGACAUCCCGUCCUCAGAUGACUUCUCCCUGAGCAAGACUCUGGGAGAUCCCAUUAAGAUCAGGGCGUGGAACAUCGCCGGCCUGCCCACCGACAGCUUCUCCAUAGAUAACGGGGUCAUUGUCAGCAACUCCAGGAGAUGGCCACUGAUGAUAGAUCCCCAGGGCCAGGCCAACAAGUGGGUGAAGAACCUGGAGAAGGAGAACAACCUGAGCGUGAUCAAGCUGACGGACAUGGACUACAUGCGCACACUGGAGAACUGCAUCCAGUUUGGCACGCCGCUGCUGCUGGAGAACGUCGGCCAGGAGCUGGACCCCUCUCUGGAGCCCCUGCUGCUCAAGCAGACCUUCAAACAAGGCGGCAUGGACUGCAUCCGGCUGGGUGAGACGGUCAUCGAGUACUCCAGCGACUUCCGCUUCUACAUCACCACCAAGCUGCGUAACCCGCACUACCUGCCUGAGCUGGCCACCAAGGUGUCCCUGCUCAACUUCAUGAUCACCCCCGAGGGCCUGGAGGACCAGCUGCUCGGCAUCGUGGUCGCCAAGGAGAGGCCGGAGCUGGAGGAGGAGAGGAACGCUCUGAUCCUGCAGUCGGCGGCCAACAAGAAGCAGCUGAAGGAGAUCGAGGACAAGAUCCUGGAGACGCUGCAGAGCUCCGAGGGCAACAUCCUGGAGGACGAGAGCGCCAUCCAGAUUCUCGACUCCGCCAAGAUCAUGUCCAACGAGAUCAACAAGAAACAGCAGAUUGCGGAGAAGACAGAGAUCAAGAUAGCGGAGUCCCGGGAGGGUUACAGGGCCAUCGCUAAGCACUCCUCCAUCCUCUUCUUCAGCAUCGCAGACCUGGCCAACAUAGACCCCAUGUACCAGUACUCCCUUAACUGGUUCGUCAAUCUCUACAUCAACUCCAUUCAGGACAGCAAUAAGUCCAAGAUACUGGAGAAGAGGCUGAGGUAUCUGAUUGAUCACUUCACCUACAACCUGUACUGCAACGUGUGCCGCUCGCUCUUCGAGAAGGACAAGCUCCUCUUCUCCUUCCUGCUCUGUGCAAACCUGCUCCUGGCCAGGAAGGAGAUUGAGUAUGCAGAGUUGAUGUUCUUCCUGACGGGUGGCGUGGGUCUGCAGAAUAACGUCCCCAACCCGGACCCCACCUGGCUCCAGGACAAGAGCUGGGACGAGAUCUGCAGGGCCAGCGACUUCCCAGCCCUCCAUGGCCUCAAGGAUUUCUUUUCUAAAGCACCAGAUAGCUUCCUACCCAUUUAUGACAGCAAGGAGCCCUACAACAUCCCGUUACCCUCACCCUGGUCCACCCAACUCAACGACCUCCAGAAGAUGAUCAUCCUACGCUGCCUCAGGCCUGACAAAAUCGAACCUGCCAUCGCUAACUUCGUGACCGACAAGCUGGGCAAGAAGUUUGUAGAGCCGCCUCCGUUCGACCUGAGCAAGAGUUACGUGGACUCCAACUGCACCAUCCCGCUGGUCUUCGUGCUGUCUCCUGGUGCCGACCCCAUGGCCAGCUUGCUGAAGUUUGCCAACGACAAGAACAUGGGCGGCAACAAGUUCAAGUCCAUCUCUCUGGGCCAGGGCCAGGGCCCCAUCGCCGUGCGCAUGAUCAAGUCGGCCAUGAAGGAGGGCACCUGGGUAUGCCUGCAGAACUGCCACCUGGCCGUGUCCUGGAUGACCACGCUGGAGAAGAUCUGCGAGGACCUCAGUCCCGACACGUGCCACCCCGACUUCAGGCUCUGGCUCACCAGCUACCCCUCGCCCAUGUUCCCGGUGACCAUCCUCCAGAACGGGGUGAAGAUGACGAACGAGCCCCCCACAGGCCUGCGCCUCAACCUGCUGCAGUCCUACCUGUCAGACCCCAUCUCUGACCUGGCGUUCUUCUCCGGCUGCCCCGAAAAAGAGCUGGCCUGGGAGAAGCUCCUGUAUGGGGUGUGCUUCUUCCACGCUCUGGUCCAGGAGAGGAAGAAGUUUGGUCCUCUGGGCUGGAACAUCCCCUACGGCUUCAACGAGUCAGACUUGCGCAUCAGCAUCAGACAACUGCAGCUGUUUAUAAACGAGUAUGAGAUGGUCCCGUUCGAGGCCAUCACGUACCUGACGGGCGAGUGCAACUACGGCGGGCGGGUGACGGACGACUGGGACCGGCGUCUCCUCAUGACCGUCCUGGCCGACUUCUACAACAAGGAGGUCAUCGACGACCCCCGCCACAACUUCUCCCCCAGCGGCAAGUACUACGCCCCGCCCAAGUCCAUCUACGAGGACUACGUGGAGUUCAUCAGGAAACUGCCCUUCACGCAGCACCCGGAGGUGUUUGGGAUGCAUGAGAACGUGGACAUUUCCAAGGACCUGCAGCAGACCAAGCUGCUGUUCGACUCGCUGCUGCUGACGCAGGGCGGGGGCUCCAAGGGGGGAGGCAGCUCCGGCGGAGACAACACCCUCCUGGACAUCGCCAACGACAUCCUCCACAAACUUCCUAAUAACUUUGACAUCGAGGCAGCCCUGGCCAAAUACCCGGUGCUCUACGAGGAGAGCAUGAACACUGUGCUGGUCCAGGAAAUGGAACGUUAUAACACGUUGCUGAUCACUAUCCGCUCGAGUCUGCAGAACCUGCUGAAGGCCAUCAAGGGCCUGGUGGUGAUGGACGCUGACCUGGAGGCCAUCGCUAGCAGCCUGAUGGUGGGGAAGGUGCCGGGCAAGUGGGCCAAGCGCUCCUACCCCAGCCUCAAGCCCCUGGGCAGCUACGUCACAGACUUCCUGGCCCGACUCACUUUCCUACAGGACUGGUUCCUGACGUGGAAGCCCCAUGUGUUCUGGCUGUCCGGCUUCUUCUUCACCCAGGCCUUCCUCACGGGGGCCAUGCAGAACUACGCCAGGAAAUACUCCAUACCCAUAGACCUCCUGCGCUUUGACUUCCAGGUGUUAAACAUAGAAACAUCUGACGCCUCCCCUGAGGAUGGAGUCUAUAUUCAUGGACUGUUCCUGGAUGGAGCUCGAUGGGAUAAGAGAAGUGGAGUCCUGGCUGAACAAUACAACAAAGUGCUCUUUGACUCAGUGCCCAUCAUCUGGAUCAAGCCAACGGAUAAGAAGCCUUUGGAGCACUCCCAGACCCAGUACGUGUGUCCCCUGUACAAGACCAGCGAGCGCAAGGGCACCCUCUCCACCACCGGCCACUCCACCAACUUCGUCAUCUCUGUGGUCCUACCCACCGACAAGCGGCCCCAGCACUGGAUCAAGAGAGGCGUGGCCCUGCUCUGUCAGCUGGACAAUUAAUCCAAAAAACCCACGCACGCACGGACCAUUUAACAGGCACUUUAUGAUCUACUCAUUUUCAUUUCUGUACUUUUUCUAUUGCACAGAGUAAAUUAAAAUAUUAUCAACUGAUC